CGCCCCGCGCUGGGCCCGCGCCUGCGCAGUGCGCCGCGCCACGGGUGGUCGCGAGGCGGACGCGGGUCCCGGAGCCUAACCAUUGGCCACUGAGCGGAGCCGGCGCUUCCCCGCGCGGGGGUGGCAGCACGUGCCGGGGGCGAGAGCGGAGACCGCAGCUAUGGCGUCGUUACUGUGGGGAGGCGACGCUGGGGCGGCAGAGAGCGAGCGGCUGAACAGCCACUUUUCAAAUCUCGUCCACCCCAGGAAGAACCUCCGUGGUAUUAGGAGUACCACAGUUCCAAACAUAGACGGCUCUCUUAACACCGAAGAAGAUGAUGAAGAAGACGAUGUAGUGGAUUUGGCAGCCAACUCACUCUUAAACAAGUUAAUCCGUCAGUCCUUAGUAGAAUCCAGCCACCGAGUAGAAGUCUUACAAAAGGAUCCCAGCUCUCCACUCUACUCGGUGAAAACAUUUGAAGAACUACGGCUAAAGGAAGAGUUACUAAAAGGGAUUUAUGCAAUGGGAUUUAACAGACCAUCCAAAAUCCAAGAGAUGGCCCUCCCUAUGAUGCUCGCACAUCCUCCCCAGAACCUCAUAGCACAAAGCCAGUCGGGAACUGGAAAAACAGCCGCCUUUGUCUUAGCAAUGCUAAGCAGAGUGAAUGCCUUGGAAUUGUUUCCACAGUGCCUCUGCCUGGCUCCUACCUAUGAACUGGCUCUGCAGACUGGCCGUGUGGUUGAGAGGAUGGGGAAAUUCUGUGUGGAUGUUGAAGUGAUGUAUGCCAUUCGAGGAAAUCGAAUUCCUCGGGGCACUGAAAUCACCAAACAGAUUAUAAUUGGUACUCCUGGGACUGUCCUAGAUUGGUGCUUCAAGCGAAAAUUGAUUGAUUUGACUAAGAUCCGUGUAUUUGUCCUGGAUGAAGCAGAUGUGAUGAUUGACACCCAAGGAUUCUCAGAUCAGAGUAUUCGUAUCCAAAGAGCUUUACCCUCCGAAUGCCAGAUGCUCCUCUUUUCGGCAACCUUCGAGGACUCUGUGUGGCAGUUUGCUGAACGAAUCAUUCCUGACCCCAAUGUUAUCAAGUUACGAAAAGAGGAACUGACCCUGAACAACAUCCGACAGUAUUAUGUGUUGUGUGAAAACAGAAAAGACAAAUAUCAAGCCCUGUGUAACAUCUAUGGCGGCAUCACCAUUGGCCAGGCCAUCAUCUUCUGCCAGACGCGGCGAAAUGCCAAGUGGCUGACUGUGGAGAUGAUGCAGGAUGGCCACCAGGUGUCCUUGCUAAGUGGGGAACUCACAGUGGAGCAGCGAGCUUCUAUCAUCCAGAGGUUCCGAGAUGGCAAAGAGAAGGUCCUUAUAACAACCAAUGUCUGUGCUCGAGGAAUUGACGUGAAGCAGGUCACCAUCGUUGUGAACUUUGACCUUCCUGUAAAUCAAUCAGAAGAGCCUGACUAUGAGACCUACCUCCACCGUAUAGGACGGACAGGACGCUUUGGGAAGAAAGGUCUCGCCUUCAACAUGAUUGAAGUGGAUAAGCUGCCCUUGCUUAUGAAAAUACAGGACCACUUCAGACCCAGUUGGCACAAGUAAUGAGGAGCUGAAGUUUUCUGGGGCUGAAGGUUGCUUCUCUUGGCUGCCCUGCACGCAGCUCCCCCUCCCUCCCCCAUUCCCAGAAUUAUUUGGCUGCUAGUUGCCAAGGAGACGGCUGACAAUUUCCAGUUGCCAAGCCUCCCCCCUGAAGCCUACAGAGACAUUCUGGGAACUCCUUAGUCCGUCCUGAACCCUAGCCAGAAAACUUGGAACACCGGGCCAGGUUGGGGUGGAGGGCUUUGGAAGGAGACGAGGGAAGCCAGCCAGUCCUGGAAGGAGGGAGCCUGGAGGUUUCUGUGGACUCUGGUUUUCUCCACAGAUCCCAGGUGCCUGGCCUGCAGUCAAGGGCUAAGGGCUGGCCUUGAUGGAUGCCCCCUCUGCUCUGUGUGAACAGAUGCUCAUCGGAUUCAGCUCAGGUGUUAACUGUGUCUUCUAGACAGGCCUUUUUACCACAGACACAAAAAACGGUCCCCACACUGUCACCUCAGGCCUAAGAGAAGCCCCCGCUGCCUCCAUCUAAGGAAAAUCCAGGGAAGAAGCUGGCAGCUGAAAGCUGGGAAGGGAAACUUGGACAUUCCGUUGUCACCAAGCAACACUUAACACCCGUUGAGACGAACAUCACGACCCAUGCUGUUUGAUAGGAAUUGUCAGCAGUGUCAACCACAGCAACCGGAAACCUCACUCUACAAACGUAGUGUGUGAAAAUACACAUUUCUGCAUUUCACUAAAAUCCAAAUUGAUUGCAGGGGCUUCCUCUCCCUCCCAAUGUCCAUCAGAAUCUAGGAGGUGCAUUGCCAUACUUUGAAGAGGUCUCCAAAAGUUACAUGUUUCUGGGGCCCAUGUUAUCAUGGGAUGGGCUUAUAAGAAGCAGUUAGACACCUUCACUGGGAAUGGGAUUGGGUGCCCUUAUGAAGGGGCUUGGUGAAGGGAGUUUGUUUCUUUUUACCCUUCUGCCUUCUGCCACAUUAGCACAUGGCACUCAUCCCCUCCAGAGUCGUAGCACGAAGGCACAGUCUUAGGAGCAGAGAGCAGCCCUCACCAGAUAGCCAAACCUUUCCAGCACCAUGAUCUUAAGCCUCCCGGGGCUGUUGCUUCUAAAUUACCAUCUCUGUUCUUCUGUCAUAACAGAAACCACAGACUGACACUUGGAAGACACCAUAAACAGGGACAGGUGUCCACUCCCCUCAGUCCAGGCUGGUGGCAUGUCCCUUGUCCCUGACUUCAGUAGGCCUGUGCGUCAAGGGUGGCAGUCACGUGUCUGCCCUGGGCCAUAGCCGGCCUUCCCCAGGCUCAUUCCUUUCUGGGUGCCUCUUGACCUCUGAGGAAGAAAACCUCUUCAUCUGCUCUAGCCCCCCACAGGCCUUGAUCCUUACUCUCCCUCAGUACACCUCACCUAUUCCAUAACUUCAGACUUCUAGAAAAUUAGGAAAAAAUGAGCCUCUGUUCAUAAUCCAUGCGGCAGUGUAGAACUGGACAUACGGUUGAAGCACCAUCCAUUUUAUUUUUGCAGAUGUGUUUAAGGUAUAUGAAAUACGUUAUUGUAUUUCAUCAAUGAAUACUUUAAUACUUAUUUUAAGAUAGAAACACAAGGAAAAUUCAUGAAAGUAUUACUUUACAUAAUCAAAUUAACAAUAAUUUCCUGAUAUUAUCUGAUAAUGAUCAAUCCCAUGUUAUAGAAGAAAAACUAGACUCAAAGUGGAUAAGUAAAGUGUGUGUAUGUAUGUGUGCAUGUGUGUGUGUGUGUGUGUGUGACUGAGGACAGAACCCAAACCUUUGCAUGUGCUAAACAUACUCUCUGAGUUACCCGCCAACCCUGUAGUCACAUUUUUAGCCUAGGAAACAGGGAUAGAGAAGGAAGGCUUUACACAAAGUGACCCAGGAGAGGCCUGAUGUGAAGAGGCCCCUGGAACGGCGAGCAGGUGGAAGGUUGUUCGUUUCCAGACUUCUGGCACUGGACACGAGACCUUCUUUCCCUCAGCCCCAGCAGGUGUGCUAGCUCCUGUCACACCCUCGACUCCUCUGCUCCUUCCUUCCUUCCUCCCCUGACAUGCUCAACCCCCUUUCCCAGCCACUCCAGCUAGGACUUCCUUCAUUUCCUCUCCAGACCCCAAGGUGCAGUUUGCAAAGUGACUGGUUGGUGACCUUAGCUGCUCCUCUGUCCCUCUGUCCCUUCUCUCUGUUUUGAGCACAGCCAAGGAUGUGCUGAGCGUGGAGCCUCUGACCCGUGUCCUCUCCAGACCCGCGGCUCAUCUUCAGCUGGUGUCCCCAUGGACCCCUGUUGGGCUCCAAAAGGUGUACAUGGAAUAGCUAUUAACUUCCAGAAGCAUCUGUUCCCCAGUCCCAUCUGUCCAUCCUUCCACACUCUGCUUCUCUCUAAAGCCCUGAUACUGCAGUCAAGUGGCAUGCAAAGUUCCAAAAUGGUUACACAGGCCUGAGAGCUGGGUUAGAGCGCAGAGCACAAAAGAGUGAGUCUACUGUUGUCUCUAAGAGGCAGAGAGAUGAGGAGACAAGAGGUCAAAGGAGUUACCUAGCUCUGAGUUUAACUAGCAGCCAGUCUGAUGUAGCUGGUAAUAACCUGUGGCAGGGUAGAGGUGGGAUGGGGGCGGUGGUAGGAAACCAGGGUGCCUGUGUCACUCACAUGGAUACAUGGUCGAGAGACACAGUGAAGAGCUGGACGGCCCUUUCAGAUGUAGGAAGGUCUUCCCAGCCUUCCUCAUGGGCCUGGGAGGGGGCUCAAGAUGUAGCAGAGCAAUCAUUUCCCAGUGGUCCAAACAUGUUACGGAAGAGGAGCAAGAGCACCCUCACGUUGUAUGUAGCUGACAGGACUAUGAGUUGCCCCAUCAGAAGAGAAGGGAUGUAGCAGUUCCACAGACUCCUGGCUGGGUAGAGCGGACCACUGUGUCAGAGCAGACAGGGACAAACUGGAUGAUGAUAUCCAUAUCCAGAGCUGGAGAGCAAUAUGGCACAUGGAGAUCAAAAGUGGAGAGAAUGUGAGCACACUUGAAAAAUGUGCCUGGCCGAACUUUCUCACAGAGUUGUCGAAAACACCUAUGCCAUCCAACUUUUCCUGCCUUCAGACUCCCAGUGAAAAACCAGCUCUCUUAGGUACCACAACUUAUCAGGCUGCAGAAUCACAGGAACUGGGUCCUUAUAACACACCUCUUCCUUAGGGGCUGGUGUAUGGCUCAGUGGUCAGGUGUUUGCCUAGCAUGUGUAAGGCUCAG